AUGCCGAGCACGGACCUUCUGAUACUGAAGGUCUUUGAGCCCUACUUCGAGAUUUUGGAAGUAUAUUCCACAAAGGCCAAGAAUUAUGUAAAUGGGCAUUGCACCAAAUAUGAGCCCUGGCAGUUAAUUGUAUGGAGUGUCGUAUGCACCCUGCUGAUAGUCUGGGUAUAUGAGUUUGUCUUCCAGCCAGAGAGUUUAUGGUCAAGGUUUAAAAAGAAAAUCUUUAAGCUCAUCAGGAAGAUGCCUAUUAUUGGUCGCAAGAUCCAAGAUGAGUUGAACAAGGCCAAGGAUGAUAUUAGCAAGAACAUGUCAUUUCUGAAAGUGGAGAAAGAGUAUGUGAAAGUUCUGCCCCCUCAAGGUCUGAGCUCGUCUGCAGUUCUGGAGAAGCUCAAGGAGUACAGCUCUAUGGAUGUCACAUGGCAAGAAGGGAGAGCCCCCGGAGCGGUGUACAAUGGGGAGGAGAGGCUCACCGAGCUCCUCGUGAAGGCUUAUGGAGAUUUUGCAUGGAGUAAUCCACUGCAUUCAGAUAUCUUCCCAGGUCUGCGGAAGAUAGAGGCAGAGAUUGACAACGGGGGACCAGAUUCCUGUGGAUGUGUGACUUCUGGGGGGACAGAAAGCACACUGAUGGCCUGCAAAGCUUAUCGGGACCUGGCCUUAGAGGAUGGGAUCAAAACUCCAGAAAUUGUGGCCCCCCAAAGUGCCCAUGCUGCAUUUGACAAAGCAGCCCACUAUUUUGGGAUGAAGAUUGUAUGGGUUCCACUGAACAAAAUGAUGCAGGUGGAUGUCUGGGCAAUGAGAAGAGCCAUCUCCAGGAAUACUGUCGUGCUCGUCUGUUCUACCCCACAGUUUCCUCACGGUGUAAUAGAUCCUGUCCCCGAAGUGGCCAAACUGGCUGUCAAAUACAAAAUACCUCUUCAUGUAGACGCUUGUCUGGGGGGCUUCCUCAUCGUCUUUAUGGAGAAAGCAGGAUACCCACUGGAUCAACCAUUUGAUUUCCGGGUGAAAGGUGUGACCAGCAUUUCAGCGGAUACCCAUAAGUAUGGCUACGCUCGCAAAGGCUCUUCACUGGUGUUAUACAGUGACAAGAAGUACAGAAGCUAUCAGUUCUUUGUUGAUCCUGAUUGGCAGGGUGGCAUCUAUGCCUCCCCAACCAUGGUGGGCUCACCCUGCUGGGCUACCUUGAUGCACUUCGGUGAGAGCAGCUAUGUUGAAGCUACCAAACAGAUCAUCAAAACCGCUCACUUCCUCAAGUCAGAACUGGAAAACAUCAAAGGCAUCUUUGUUUUUGGGGAUCCUCAGUUGUCAGUCAUUGCUCUGGGCUCCCAUGAUUUUGACAUCUACCGACUAUUUAACCUGAUGACUGCUAAGGGGUGGAACUUGAACCAGCUGCAGUUCCCAUCCAGUAUUCAUUUCUGCAUUACCUUAGUACACACUCGGAAGCGAGUAGCCAUACAGUUUCUAAAGGACAUCUGAGAAUCUGUCACUCAAAUCAUGAAGAAUUCUAAAGCCAAGACCACAGGAAUGGGUGCGAUCUACGGCAUGGCCCAGACCGCUGUCGACAGGAACCAAGUGGCAGAGCUGUCCUUGGUCUUCUUGGACAGCCUUUUCAGCACAGACACUGUAACUCAGGUCAGCCAGAUGAAUGGUUCUCCAAAGCCCCGCUGA